GGGCAUGCAGAGGUCGUGUUGUGCUUUUGCUUUUAGCUCGUAUAGUUUUUUCUUGUUGUUGUUUCUUUAGUGAGUCGGUGCUCGGUAUGUGAUGGCUUUCCUCUCUCUGUUCCUGAGGAGGCAGCUGCCGCCGGGCCUGGCGCACUUCACCCGGACAGUGAGGCUGGUCGGCCGGCCUCCCAGCGCCGGAGCGCCGCUGCGGAGGCUCCACGGCUCGUCCCGGCUGCGGGUCGCAGAGAAGGGGCCGUGGGGGAAGAGUCGGCCGCCGGAGCAGCAGUACCAGCUCACUGACCUCGACAAGGCGGACGCUAUGAUGCUGAGGAAGUCCCAUGAGACGGGAUUCCUCUCGUGGUUCAGGAACGGUCUGCUGGCGACCGGGGUCGGAGUCAUCGCAUUCGUCCAGAGCGAAGUGGGACGUGAAGCAGCAUAUGCUUUCUUCAUCCUGGGAGGUGUGUGCGUGUCGUUUGGCGGCGCCUCGUACAUCGGCAGCCUUUUUGCCUUGCGGAGGAUGAUGCUGCUGUCUGUGCCGGCGCUGCUGCUCCAGACUGCCGUGGUGGGCAGCGUCGCCCUCUUCUGGCUCUGCGCGGUGUCUCUCUACAUCGGCCGCCUGGAGGUGGAGAUCAUCCACGAGGGGGAGGAGGAGGAAGGAGAGGAGGAGGACGAGUGCCGGGAGUGCCGCGAGAGGCGCGAGCACCGAGGCUACCGGGACAGCAGACAUCAGGACAGUGAGGACAAUAACAGCAAGGGGCCCAACAAGUAAACAUCCUCAGAGGAAAAGGUGUGUGUGUCGCUUUGAUUCAGGGCUUCCCUUGAUUUGUAUGUGUGUGUGUGUGUGUGUGUGUGUGUGUGUGUGUGUGUGUGUGUGUGUGUGUGUGUGAGCAGCCUACAUGUUCAUAUGUAGGCUGUGUGAGAUCCAAACUUAUUGUUGUGUUGAUGUAAAGAUUAUUGGGUAAGGCUUUAUAUUAAGGUCCUUGUAAUAACCAUUAAUUAACAAGUAAUAAGGCAUUGUUCUCGCUUUAGAUCCGGUAGUUGCAAAAAGCAUAGUUAACUUAUAAUAGAUGAGCAAUAAAGUAUAUUUUAAUAUCAAUAAGCAAACAAAAUAAGAUUAAUAAAGGCAUGGCAAAAACAUAAUGGGUGUUUGUAAUGCCAUUAUGAACAAUUAUAAGAUACUCAUGAGGCUUUUAUUAAUGUUCUUAAGCAUUUGCAAACUGUUAUUAGUGCUUAUAAAUCUCUUAUAGCCUGCUAUUAGCUGUAUUAUAAUGUAUGAAUAAUCCCUCUUGUCAAUAGUGUCAACAAUAUUUUGAUAAAUUACUUUAUUAGGUACACCUUUAAAGCUUUGCUAGAAAUUAGGCAUCAUAUAAAGUAGAGGUAACGCUUUAUAUUAAGGUCCUUGUAAUAACCAUGAAUUAACAAGUAAUAAGGCCCUUGUAAGUCCUUACAAGAUGCUUAUUAACAUUACUGUGUUUAUAGGCCUAUAUAAGUGUUAAUAAUGGCAUUAUAAUACAGCUAAUAGCAGGCUAUACGCAGUGGUGGAAAGUAACUAAGUACAUUUACUCAAGUACUGUACUUGAGUACAAUUUUGAGGUACUUGUACUUUACUUGAGUGUUUCUAUUUUCUGUGAAUUUAUACUUCUACUUCACUACAUUUUGAGGCAAAUAUUGUACUUUUUACUCCACUACAUUUAGCUGACAGCUUUAGUUACUUUUCAGGUUGAGAUUCAACAUAAAACAUAUGAUCAAUUUAAGGUGAUUAGACUUUUUUUAUUUUAUCAAAUCUUAUAACAGUAUAUUAAGUACUUAAAUGAGCCAUAUCUUUACAAAAUUAAAACCCUGCUUACAUAAAAUCAUCAAUACAAAUAAUGUAAUAAGAUAUUUAGAAUAUAUAAAACAAUCUGAGUGGGUCCAUUCGGCAUAACAAGUACUUUUACUUUUGAUACUUUAAGUACAUUUUGAUGCUGAUACUUUUGUACUUUUACUUAAGUAAGUUUUGAAUGCAGGACUUUUACUUGUAGUGGAGUAAUUUCAUAGUGUUGUAUUAGUACUUUCACUAAAGUACGGGAUCUGAAUACUUCUUCCACCACUGACUAUAAGAGAUUUCUAAUAAGAACAUUAAUAAAAGCCUCAUGAGUAUCUUAUAAUUCUUCAUAAUAGCAUUACAAACACCCAUAACCCACCCAUUAUGUCUUUGCCAUGCCUUUAUUAAUCUUUUGUUUGCUUAUUGAUAUUAAAAUAUACUUUAUUGCUCAUCUAUUAUAAGUUAACUAUGCACUUGUUAACAGUUAGCUAUGCUUUUUGCAGCUAAAGGGAUCUAAAGCGAGAACAAUGCCUUAUUACUUGUUAAUUAAUGGUUAUUACAAGGACCUUAAUAUAAAGCGUUACCGAUUAUUGUUUAGGUGAAGAAAGACUUUUAGACCGAAAAAAACGGUCUGGAAAUGCUGAUUCUUUUUGUAAGGUUUCCUAUCAGAUACACUAAAAGCUGCUUUACUUAAAUUAUCAAUCUGUCUGAAAAUUAUAUUGAUUUAUUAGCAUUUACAUCAGGGGUCUCAAACUCAAAUUACCUGGGAGCCACUGGAGGCAGUAUCAAAAUGACCAAAACAUGACAGAAAAAAGACACAAAAUGACUUGAAAAAACACUAAAUUAUUUUAAAAAGACACAAAAUUACCAAAGAAGACACAAAAUUACUAAAAAAGACACAAAAUUACCCAAAAAAGACACAGAAUUACGAAAAAACACACAAAAUUGUUUAAAAAAGACACAAAAUUAUUAAAAAAGACACAAAAUUAUAUUUUUUUUAAAAGACAAAAUUAUUUUAAAAAAGACAUAAAAUUACCAAAAAAAGUAAAUAAAGGGACCUUCAACACACAACAUGGUAAAUUGCCAUUCAUAUAAAACUCACAUUAAACUUUCAUAUCAAGGUGGGGGCCACAAAAUAUCGUCACGAGGGCCGCAAUUGGCCCGCGGGCCGCGAGUUUGAGACCCCUGAUUUACAUCAACAGAUUCACUGCAAAAAGAGCAUCUCAUAUCUGUUCAUAUAAGUUUUCACUGCUCAGUAUGCAAUCAUUUUUAAGCCAUUUCAUUGGCUUUUCUCAGCCAACUGUUCCUGGCUGCUGUUUGUCUUAU